AGUGAGAGAGCUACACAGAGGAACGUACACAGAGUCUGCUGGCAGCCAGCACAUGAAAACCAUACACAUCCCCAAAUCCAUGAUGACUGCACCCUUCUUACAGCACCCGGCCCUUACAACGGGACAGAGACGCUACCUUCUCAGCAUAGCAAAUGUUUACAGCACAGAGCACAUGAGGCGGCAGAUGAAGCAGCACUAUCUCAACGUGCUGCACACGUGCAUUAAAACUGGUCAGAGCUCCAUGGGUAGGAAAAGGUACGGGGAUCAUCCACAUAAAGACAAGUGCACGUUCCAGGUGGAUGCAGAGAAAGAUGUGGGGUCGAGGACAAAGCCACAGGGGCAGAGGAAGAGCAGCAGGGGCACAGCUCACUCUGAACUUAUCCUUCCAAAAAUUGUCAAAAGGUGACGUCUAAUGUCACAUGAUUUGCUGUUCUGAGAGCCUCUAAACGAUCUUUGAGUGAGUGGAUUUUGUUGAUCUUUGUGUAACCUUUGUCUACUGUAGCACAAAUGUAUUAAAUUAUAUUUUCAACUAUCCCACACCAAGAAAUGUGGGUGUGCUCGGGCCACAUGAGACCAACAUACAUUACAUGGGAUACUCACCCAAAUCUUGUUGUCAAAGUUAUCACUUGCUCUGCUGUUCUCC